UUGCACAUUUGUGUCAAAAGGUUUGCAUUAGAUGACGUUAUACGACGCGUAACAGGAAAACAACUAAAAAAAAUACUCACUUUAUACCGGCUGUAGAAUUAAUUUUUUGGACGCCUAAGUUUUGGAUUAUCACACGCAAGACUCUCGUGGAUCGCACCAGUGCUGGAGAUCGUUUACAUCCCAGAUUCGGCUCUCACCAGAAAUAUUGUUCAUUCAGCCUCACCACAUGGAAUCCAUUCCCUCUAAACACAUGAAGACACUUCGUUACAACAUAAACUGGACAGUAUGCUGUUAAUGUAUGAUCAGAACGCGGUGAUGUCUGGAGGGGACAGGGGUCAAGAUGGGGAAGAGCCAGCAUUUCCAUCGGGCACCACAGAGGGCGAAGAAGGGGAAGACGGGGUUAGAUCAGGGCAUCAGGAUGAACAGGCGCCGCCGCCGCAGCGGCUCACGGCCGACAGACAAGGAGCUGUGACUGGAGAAGUGGGGCAGGAGGAUGAGGAGAUGAUUGGAGCCUCCAAUGAGCUUUCCUCCUUGGUCAAUGAAAGCCCUGAAAGUGCAAGAGGAUGCCCUUCACCGUCUACUAAGAGCAGGGAGUUGGCUGUUAGGGAAAAAGGACUCGCCCACAGAGAAAUGAUGAGCACGGUGGCUGAGAUGAAGAAGAGGAUACCGUCAGACAAGCGGAGCCACAGCAAAGCCAGUACUGUGGAGGCCUUAAAUUACGCCCUCAACUGUGUGAAGCAAGUACAAGCCAACAGCGAAUACUACAAACUGCUGAUGCAAAAUGGGCAGAAUCAGAGAAAAGAUGACACGGUUUGCACCUUGGAGGAGCUGGAGAGGGUCACCUCUGAGCACAACCUUAAAAACACGGACUCCUUCCUGAUGGUUUUCUCUCUGUCGAGCGGCCGCGUGUUGUACACGUCGGAGCAGGCUCCCAGCCUGCUGUGCUGCAAGAGGAAGUACCUGGAGUCUGCCAAGUUUGUCGAGCUGCUCUUUCACCAAGACGUCAAUGUCUUCUACUCGCACACGGCUCAGCCACACUUGCCACCCUGGAGCAACUCGCACUCAGCUGGGGUUCUGUUUGACAGUGCCCAGGUCAAGUCCUUCUUCUGCAGGAUAAGGGGAAGCAAAGAUCGCGAAGGUGAGAUGCGCUACAAUCCUUUUAGAAUCACACCUUACCUGCUAAAGGUCCAAGGAACGGGGAGUGGAGAAGAGGAGCCGUGCUGCCUGGCAUUAGCAGAGCGAAUUAUUUCCGGAUAUGAAGCACCUCGUAUCCCCAUGGACAAACGCAUCUUCACUACAACACACUCUCCUGGCUGCGUUUUCUUGGAAGUUGAUGACAGGGCCGUGCCUUUGCUGGGAUACAUGCCUCAGGACCUAAUCGGCACGUCGCUGCUGACUUUUAUCCACCCAGAGGACCGACCCCUCAUGCUGUCGAUGCACAGGCAAAUAUUAAAGUAUGCAGGCCAGGCUCCGUUUGAGCACUCUCCAGUGCGUCUGCGUUGUCAGAAUGGAGACUUCAUCACCUUGGACACCAGCUGGUCCAGUUUUAUCAACCCUUGGAGUCGGAAAGUGGCCUUUAUCAUCGGACGGCACAAAGUCCGGACGAGUCCCCUGAACGAGGAUGUGUUUGCAGCUCGGAGGAAGGACUACGUUCCUGUCGCUUAUGAGGAAAUAAAAGACCUUCAAGCAAAGAUCUAUAAGCUUUUCCUACAGCCGGUGCACAACAAUGGCUCCAGCGGUUAUGGCAGUUUGGGAAGUAACGUCUCUCACGAGCACUACGUCAGCUUUGCUUCUUCCAGUGAUAGCAAUGGGAAUCUGUGGGAGGAUUCAAACCGGGAACCUAUGACUUUGCAGCAGAUCUGUGCAGACGUGAACAAAGCGAAAUGUUGGGGCCGACAUUCGUUUCUGGAUUCUAGCCAAAGAAAUGUUCCCCCUGGGAGACUUAAUGCAGCCUGGAGGAGUGGUCAGAUAUCCAGCCAGUGUGAUGCCAGAAGUUGUCUAAAUGCUACAAAAAUCAGAGGAAAUGAAGAAAGCAGGAAGCAGACACACAGUCCCUCCUAUCAGCAGAUCAACUGCGUGGACAAUAUAAUCAGAUACUUGGAGGGCUGUGCAGGUCAAGUCCUAAAGCGAAAAAACCAAUCCCCCUCGCUGGACACCACCUCCUCCUCGUCUUCUACAUCAGAAGAAGAGAAGCCCACAGGAGGGGCUCCGAACGCUCCAGAAGUGGUUGAGUUGGACAGUGAGGUGUCAGUAGGCCCUACAGCUGCAGCAGUUGUCGGGGCACCUCUGACAGACAUCACCAUGUCCUCUAAGGCCAUGAGUGUUGUCUCGGUCACUAGCCAGUGUUCGUACAGCAGCACCAUCGUCCAUGUACCACAGCCUGAGUCAGAGGCCACAGCUCCGGAGGACGCCCAGAUGAGCAGCGAGCCAGCCGACACCGCCGCGACCCCUGUCCGUCCAACUCCCAGCCCCUCUACGGAGGAGAGGAGGUUGGUAGGGCUCACCAAGGAGGUGCUGUCUGCUCACACGCAGAAAGAGGAGCAGGAAUAUGUUGAUCGCUUCCGCCACCGCAUCCUUCAGAGUCCCUACAGCUCCUAUUUACUGCAGGAAAACAGUUCAAUGGCUUAUUCUCACCAACCAGGAGACUAUCUGCGCCCAAUGAGUGCUGGAGGCUGGAAUCGCUCUCGAAGAGCAAAAGCCAGACACAAGCGACCAAAACCCCAGGGAUCCUCAGCCAGCUAUGCUUCCCUGGAUGGCCCCCGCUGCCCUGUUCCUGACUCCUCAUGGCCCUCCUCAGAGUCCUCACAGCCUCAGACAGCAGAGACGCUCAGCCUAACGACCCCCAUCUCGGCUCCACUCUUUCCCGUCCUGGAGAAUCCUGGAGCAGGGCUGCCUGCAGCCGCUCCUGCAGCCUUUCCGCCUCCUGAGCAGCUCGGCUACAACUUCAACGUCAUGCCGUCUGCUCAGACCCAACCGGCCAUACUACCGCUUCAGGUGGAGCCUCUGCAGAAUGUCCAGAACUUUUACAGCCCACUCCCGCUAGCUCAGGCCCAGAGCUUUAACCCAUACGUGGCGCCUGUCAUGGCCGUCAUCCUUCCUAGUUAUCCCACUUUAACCUCAGGUUUUCCGUCCGUUCCCUCCGCCGUACCUCAAGGAUUCAACAUGACAGGCUACGCUCCUGUCAGUGCGCCCUUCCCUCAGCCUCAAUUCCAGGUGCAGGCAAUCCCUCCCACUCAGGCCUUCCAGGUCCAGACCGGCCCCCCCACUCAGACCUUCCAGGUCCAGACCGGCCCCCCCACUCAGACCUUCCAGGUCCAGACCUGCCCUCCCACCCAUACUUCACCGGGUCUCCUUCUCUGCUCACAGAAGGCCAGCUCCUCUGUUGGGGAGGAGGAGGACACGGCCGGACCUCAGGCUUUGUUCUCAAGCUCCCGCUCCAGCUCUCCUCUGCAGCUCAACCUCCUGCAAGAAGAACUCCCCAAACCCAGUGAGGGGCAGAGCAGCACCGGAAACAACCACUCUGAGAGUCUCCAUGAGCAACACCCAACCGAGGGCGAUGCUCCGAGUGAGUCUGGAAAUCAGGAUGCCCAGUCAACAUGCAGUGAGCUGCUGGACUUGCUCCUGCAGGAGGAUGCGAGGUCAGGAACUGGAUCCAACGCUUCAGGAUCUGGAUCAGGGGAAUCUGGAGGGUCACUGGGUUCUGGAUCCGGCUCCAAUGAAACGCCCACCUCACACACUGGCAGCAGCAACAGCAGCAAGUACUUUGCAAGCAACGACUCGUCAAACACCUCCCGCAAAACUCGUAAGAGCCAGGAGGCAGCGGUGGAGCACGGCCAGAGCUUUGAUACUCGGGUGGAGAACUCCCUGUGGAACAUGAUCCAACACACGCCGGAGCGGGUUAUGAUGACCUACCAGAUACGCACAAGGGACCAGAUGGAGGUGCUGGCGGAAGACAGAGAAAAGCUCCAAGUGCUUCAGCCGCUCCAGCCGUGGUUCAGCCAGGAGCAGAGAGAGGAGCUGGCUAAGGUCCAUCCUUGGAUCAAACAGCACACCAUCCCACAGGAAAUAAACACACAUGGUUGCGUUAGCUGCAGCUCGGGGGCAGGCCUGGCCCGCUCCCCUCGCCCAAUGCUCACAGAGAGUUUGUCAACUCUGGAAAGCCCCCAGCAGGACAAGGUUGGAACCACAGCCGAUGCCCUAACAGCUCACAGCGAACCACAACUUUAAAACUCUCCUCACCACUCCACAGGAACGGAUCCUGAGGUC